UCAUCCCUGUCUCCUGUGUCUCCACACUGGACCUGAACUGCCCACCACCACUCAGAACAUAUCUCCUUAUGUUUCUUGUGCUCAUUGAUGGUAAAUCUUAGGGAAAGUUGUAGAUGUUUGAGUUCAAAUGUGUGUCGGGGUGUAAAGUGUGCGUUGUCUGUAGCCAGAGAGAGGGGUCUUGUUGUAAGGGCACCAUACUCAUUUAUUACAUUCACACUUUUUUUCCCUUGAUCAGGAGAGGGAACAAUUGAGCCAGCGGUGACAAUGACCUUAGAUUUGGCAGGGUCACCCAUACGACCAAUUGCAAUUCUAGCCAGCAGGCUUGGGGGCGUAGAGAGUCUGUGGGGUCGUGAGUAUAGCAUUCUUCACAAGAUCAAAACUCAUUGGCAGAAGAAAGAAGAGGGUGCAAAGCUUCUCAGUCUCAGUGUACUCCAAGAAGGAAGGAAGGGAGAUAUUUCUGGUAUCCAAAGGGGAUUUGAUAUUUGCACACAACGAUGAAAACAUCUGUUGGGAUUUGCAUUGUUUUCUGUCUUGCAAUAUUUGGACUGGGCUCUGCACUACAAUGCUACAAAUGUAAAGAUUACACUGGGAGCUGCGCCAAGGUCAAAGGCUGUGGCUGGGAGGAUGCCUGCCUGACUCUGAAGGAGAGAGGUGGCUUGAUCUACCGCCAGUGUAUCAAGUACUCUGACUGUGAUUACAACCGGCUCUCCCAGAUGUUCCCUUCAGUGGCCAGCUUCACAUACAGAUGCUGCAGCAGUGACCUGUGCAAUGCAGCCCCUCUCACUGCUGCCGGCAAGCCUCUGCUGGGCCUGCUUGCGUCCCUGGCUGUCUUCUGGUGGUGUGUCCUCUAACCCAGCCCAGGCAAACAUCCAAAGAGUUGGACCAUGUGGCAAACGGAGCAGCGAUUCGGAGAAUGACUAAUCACAUCCUUGCUGCCUUCCCUGUCUGAUUUGUGCACUAAAUGGUUAGGCUUUGUUCAUAUGUGAAUGGGAAUAUGCAUUAAUUUUGUACGUCUAAAAUGGUCAUUUUUGUCUGCAAAUGAAGUGUGCAUACUUCAAAAAACACAAGGCGUAAAUAUGUGUGGCUUUUUGAAGAUAGCUUUGAUAAGGGAGUGCUUUGGCACUUUAAAUUUAAGCUAAAUGAGUAAAGCUCACACAGAAAAUAGUGUAUGUACUACUGCAGUUAUUAAGGAAGUGACAGGAUAAACUUGCACAUAUGCCAAAAAAUAAUCUUUUUAUCUGCACAUGCGUGUUAUUUGCUGUAUUUUGUAAAGACAUUUGUGUUUUAUGAAUCACCUGCCAUUACCAAACCAUUUUCAUUCUUCGACUCUACCCUUAAUUCCUAAAUAUUGCCUUUCUCCCCUAUUAAAAUGACAAAAAAGUAUUUAUCUUGGCUCUCCUGUACCUUAUAGUCUAGAUGAUAGAGUGAUUAAUAGUCCACAUGAUUACAUCUGAUGGUCACAGGAGUUGCAACAUGUUUACUAAUAGGCCAGUGGUACAACCACACAGGAAAGAAUCCAUCUCAGGGUAUCAGACAUAUUUUACCUGUUAAUGGCUUGUAUGAAUGUUUUUGUACCAUUUAGUUAAUCCAAUGUUCAGCUAAAUUCAGCUUAUCCAUAUUCAGCUUUUAGUUUUCAUGGAGAUACAGUAAAGACUGGUCACAUCACGUGCCAAGAAAAAUGUUUUCAUGUUAGACAAAACAGUGAUUUUGUUGUAAAAUAUACAUAUGUUUUACAUGGGGGCACAGCAAAAGCUUUCAUUGUUGUGAUUUUCUGUUUAAUACUUUACACCCAAAUUCCAUGGAAAUUUGUUCAGACUAUGUGCUAUGUGCUCAGUUUGCACCAGUGGCUACCUGCCACUGCCUUGCCAUGUGGAGCCAGAUGUGACUUUGAUGUGAGGUCACAUGUGGGAGGCUGGCUGGAGAGUGCUCCAGAGGCCACUGGAAAACACGGCCAACUCUCCUUCUAAACUCCACCCAUCCAGCCACAAUGAAGCGCCUUUAAACCUGUUCUCUGAUCUCAGCAGAACUGCUUCUUUGAACUGCUUUGACAAUGGAUUGGAUUGAUGUCAAAAUUUAAACUGGAGUAAACAAACUAAUCUUGUGGGCUGUCCUAUGGGUUUCCCUGUGUAUUGUAAUAGCUCUGGCUUGUGGUGAAUAUAUGCUGGUUGCUUGUUGGACUUCAGUCUGGGAAAGAUGCUGAGACUAGGGGCUGCCACAAUAUGUCGGAACCUGGAAAUACUAAGUGGAGACAAGGGUGGUAGAGAAAUCAUCAGCAAGCAGUUGGGAGUUGGUUAUGUAUAUGAAAUAGCCGAUGACAGUGUUUGGAGAGCAGAAAAUAAUGUACAGCAUGAUAGUACGCCUACAUCCAUAACGCCAAGCAUAUGAAUGUUAGAAGUUAUGGGGUGUAAAGCCAUGGAGGUUGCAGAGAGGUCUGUCUCUCAUUCUCCAAAGGUUUUAGAUGAGAUGAAGAAUAGUGUUAGUAAUAAUACCAAAGUAGUCAGGUAGUUGGUAAGUUCAUUGAAAAUAGUAGGAAAAAACUUUAGACUGCAUUUUGGCAGUAUGUUACUGAAGGUAAAUAUGAAAGGUGGGUUUUGUCCCCACGUAUUGAGCAAUACCACAUUACAUUUAAUGUUUUAUUAUUACUUUCCCCAGUAACCCCAGUUUUUCACAGAUUCUAAAACAGUGAUAAUAUUACAGUUACUAGGGAAGAUUAAGUAAAUAGUAUAAAUUAAAAUAUCAGCCUAUUAAUAGGUCUGAGGGAAAAGUGUCACAAAACUCUCAGUUUGCAUUGCCCAUACCUUCACAUUUACAAAAAUGUGUUUUCUGCUAGAGCAAGUAGCUACAUUUUGUUCAACAGGUCCAGGACCAUGGAAUGAGAAGCCUUGAAUUAUAUCACAGACUAUAUAAAAACCUUCUUUAUACAGUCUGAUAAAAAUGAGAGAAGGACAGAGAAGGAUAAAUAGUAAUAUAAUGAGUAAUGUAACAUUAUAUUAACCAUAUCACACCACCAAAAAAGUAAUACAAGUAUUCAUGACUUUUUAAAGGAGUAGCCUAAUAGCAAAAAUGUUACACACCCAAAGCUGGUCACCACUGGGAUUGCUACAUGUUGAUUCAAUGAUUUUAUGUGUGCUUCUCUACAUCCUUGAGCAAUACCCCUAAAACUAGUGUUUUUUAGUGUAUGUAUUGUAUGUACACCACACAGGCAUAUGCAGUUUCUGAUGGACAAAUAAUAAACGAAAACCUUGACAAUUAAA